UAAACGCUAAGCGGUGAGGUCCUGAGAUCAGGUUCCGGUUCCUACCCUUCGCUGGGCCCUGGGUCUGGUUCUCCGACCCUGCAGUCCCUCCGCCCUCGGCAGCCCCUUCAAUCCCCGGGCAAAACCCUUCCCGACUACCUUGCCUCCCCUCCACCCUCAGCAGCCACCCCGCCCGCGGCAGCCCCUCGGUCCCUAGCAGCCCCGCACCCCAUGGACGCGGAGCCUGGCCCAGGAUGGACAGGGAGACGCGAGUGUUCGCAGAGAACCACUUUCGAGGCCUCCGGGGGCGUCUCCCCAGCAGGGUCUACCCACCCCUGGACCGUGUGGACUUUAUCGAGAAGCCAGACUCCUUUACCUACGCUGACUUCUUCAAGGGUUACCUGCUCCCCAACGUGCCCUGUGUUUUCUCCAGCGCCUUCACCGAGGGCUGGGGCUGCAGGAAGCACUGGGUGACACCCAGUGGGAAGCCCGACUUCGAUUAUCUGCUUCAGAAUUACGGAGAUGUGGUUGUACCUGUUGCCAACUGUGGGAUCCAGGAAUACAACUCGAACCCCAAAGAACACAUGCCCCUCAGAGACUACAUCAGCUACUGGAAAGAGUUCAUCCAGGGAGACUACUCCUCUCCCCGGGGCUGUCUCUACCUCAAAGACUGGCACCUGUGCAGGGACUUCUCUGCUGAUGGCGUGUUCACCCUGCCCGUGUACUUCUCAUCCGACUGGCUCAACGAGUACUGGGACUUCCUGGACGUGGAUGACUACCGCUUCAUCUACAUGGGGCCCACCGGCACCUGGUCGCCGUUCCAUGCCGACAUCUUCCGCUCCUUCAGCUGGUCUGUCAACAUCUGUGGGAGGAAAAAGUGGUUAUUCUUCCCACCAGGACAAGAAGAAGCCCUGCGGGACUGCCACGGUAGCCUGCCCUAUGACGUGACCACCCCUGCACUCCUGGACAGCCACCUGCACCCCAUGCACCAGCACUGCAGCCCGCCGCUGGAGGUCACACAGGAGGCAGGCGAGAUGGUGUUCGUGCCCAGCGGGUGGCACCACCAAGUCCACAACCUGGACGACACUAUCUCCAUCAACCACAACUGGGUCAAUGGCUGUAACGUGGCCAACAUGUGGCAUUUCCUGCAACAGGAGCUCUGUGCCGUACAACAGGAAGUCAGCGAGUGGAGGGACUCCAUGCCUGACUGGCACAACCACUGCCAGGUCAUCAUGAGAUCCUGCUCCGGAAUCAACUUCGAAGAAUUUUACCAUUUCCUCAAGGUCAUCGCCAAAAGGAGGCUCCUGGUCCUAGCGAAAGAGGCAAGCCCUGGCGAGGCAGAGAGCGGCGAAGAUGCUGGCCUGGGCCCCCAGCAGGCUACCUUUGAUGUCGGCCGGAUUGCUGAGGUGCUGGCGUCUGUGGUGGUCCACCCUGACUUCCAGAGACUGGACACCAGUGAGUUCUCACCACAGCCAGAGGAUCUCCUACAGCAGCUGGAGGAGGUUGUGGCCGCCACCACAUCCCUUUAGUGCAUGCUAUGAGGGUCACGUGACAUGUCCUGGCGUGGAAGGCAUUCGCCCUGCUCUAGGGUCACUUCCAGAAAUAAAGCUCCAUCCUCCUGGGUGGCCUGGGACAUAUGA